AUGCAGCUCUCCAUCCUCUCCAUCGUCUCCACCCUGGCUGCCACGGCCAUCGCCGUCCCUGUCGCCGUCCCAGGCGAGAACCACCACUCUACGGCCACAGUCAAGUUCCUCGGCGCCGCGGAUGCCUCUUUCACCCAGGACUUCAGGACCGAUGGCACUGAGACCGAUAUCCACAACGUCCUGAGCAUCUCCAAGAUUUCCGUCCCCGCUGGCGUUACUUGCACCUUUGACGGGAUUGACGGGAGUGUGACCAAGGUUAGCAACCAGGCGGUCGUCGAUGUCGGUCCUCCGCAGACACAGGUUUCGGGGGCUUGCUGGAACCUGUGA